UACGUUCAAGCAGAUGCUCCUACCAAUAAAACUUUGGCUGGGCUGGUGGUGCAGCUGCUGCAGUUCCAGGAAGAUGCCUUUGGAAAACAUGUCACCAAUCCUGCCUUCACCAAGCUCCCUGCAAAGUGCUUCAUGGAUUUCAAAGCUGGAGGUACAUUAUGUCACAUUCUUGGUGCUGCUUACAAAUAUAAGAAUGAACAGGGCUGGAGGAGGUUUGACCUGCAGAAUCCCUCCCGGAUGGAUCGGAACGUGGAGAUGUUCAUGACCAUUGAGAAAACCCUGGUGCAGAACAACUGUCUGAGCAGACCAACCAUCUACCUCAUUCCUGACAUGGAGCUGAAGCUGGCCAACAAGCUGAAGGACAUUGUCAAACGUCACCAGGGAACAGUCACUGAAGAGAAAUCCAAGGCUACCCACCAUGUGUAUCCAAGUCCUACCUCAAUGGAUGAUGAUGAGUGGUUGAGACCUGUGAUGAAAAAGGACAAGCAGGUGCUGGUGCAUUGGGGCUUUUUUCCAGACAGCUAUGACACCUGGGUCCAUGCCAACGAGAUUGAUGCAGAAAUUGAGGAUCCCCCCAUUCCUGAGAAGCCCUGGAAGGUUCAUGCCAAGUGGAUUCUGGACACUGAUGUGUUCAAUGAGUGGAUGAAUGAAGAGGAUUACGAGGUGGAUGAGAACAGGAAAUCCGUGAGUUUUCGCCAGAGGAUCUCCAUGAAGAAUGAGGAGCCCGUGCGGAGCCCCGAGAGGAGGGACAGGAAAGCAGCAGCCAGCACAAGGAAGAGGAAACAUUCCCCUUCCCCACCCCCCACCCCUGUGGAGUCCAGGAAAAAGACUGGGAAGAAAGGCCAAGCAGCUCUCUAUGGGAAAAGGAGGGGGCAGAAGGAGGAGGAUGAACAGGAGGAUCUCACCAAGGACAUGGAGGAUCCCACCCCAGUACCCAACAUAGAAGAAGUGGUACUUCCCAAAAAUGUGAACCCAAAGAAGGACAGUGAGAACACGCCCGUCAAAGGAGGAACCGUGGCAGACCUGGAUGAGCAGGAUGAGGAGACAGUGGCAACUGGAGGAAAGGAGGACGAGGACCCCAACAAGGGUGACCAGAGCCGCUCCAUUGACCCGGGGGAGGACAAUGUCACCGAGCAGACCAACCACAUCAUCAUCCCCAGCUACGCCUCCUGGUUCGACUACAACUGUAUCCACGUGAUCGAGCGUCGUGCACUUCCAGAGUUCUUCAACGGGAAAAACAAAUCCAAGACUCCAGAAAUAUACCUGGCCUACAGGAACUUCAUGAUCGACACGUACCGGCUGAACCCGCAGGAGUACCUGACCAGCACGGCCUGCAGGAGGAACCUCACCGGGGACGUCUGUGCUGUCAUGAGGGUCCACGCCUUCCUGGAGCAGUGGGGGCUCAUCAACUACCAGGUGGAUCCUGAGAGCCGCCCCAUGGCCAUGGGGCCCCCCCCGACCCCCCACUUCAACGUGCUGGCCGACCCCCCCCCCCCCCCCCCCCCCCCCCCCCCCCCCCCCCCCCAGGUUCCAGCUGCCCAGCAGAUGCUGAGCUUCCCUGAGAAGAACAAGGAGAAGCCAACUGACCUGCAGAACUUCGGCCUUCGCACAGACAUCUACUCCAAAAAGACUUUGGCCAAGAGUAAAGGUGCAAGUGCUGGCAGAGAAUGGACAGAGCAGGAGACACUGCUGCUGUUGGAGGCGCUGGAGAUGUACAAGGACGACUGGAACAAGGUGUCGGAGCACGUGGGCAGCCGCACGCAGGACGAGUGCAUCCUGCACUUCCUGCGCCUGCCCAUCGAGGACCCCUACCUGGAGAACUCGGAGGCCUCCCUGGGCCCCCUGGCCUACCAGCCCGUGCCCUUCAGCCAGUCGGGCAACCCCGUCAUGAGCACCGUGGCCUUCCUGGCCUCCGUGGUGGAUCCGCGCGUGGCCUCGGCCGCCGCCAAGGCUGCGCUGGAGGAGUUUUCCCGGGUCAGGGAGGAGGUGCCCCUGGAGCUGGUGGAAGCCCACGUGAAGAAGGUGCAGGAGGCAGCCAGAGCCUCGGGGAAGGUGGAUCCGACCUUCGGGCUGGAGAGCAGCUGCAUCGCAGGCACGGGCCCUGAGGAGCCUGACAGGAUGGAUGGAGCUGAGGAGGAGAAGAUGGAGACAGAGGUAGAGGGGCAGCCAGCAGAGAAGGUGGAGAGCAAAGCCGAGAGUGAAUCGGAGGAGGGCGAGAAGGUCCCGGAAGGGGAGAGCGAGCGCGGCGUGGAGAAGGAGCCAGAGGGGGAAGGGGCUGCAGAGCCCAAGGCAGAGGAGAAGGAGGCAGAGGAGAACAAGGAGAACGUGGAUGGCAGCAAGGACAAGGAGGCUGAGGCUGGCAAGAAGAAAGUGGAACAUGAGAUCUCAGAGGGAAACGUGGCCACAGCUGCAGCUGCUGCCUUGGCCUCUGCUGCCACCAAGGCCAAGCACCUGGCAGCUGUGGAGGAGAGGAAGAUCAAGUCCCUGGUGGCCCUUCUGGUGGAGACUCAGAUGAAGAAGCUGGAGAUAAAACUUCGCCACUUUGAGGAGCUGGAAACCAUCAUGGACAGGGAGAAGGAGGCACUGGAGCAGCAGAGGCAGCAGCUGCUGACAGAGAGGCAGAACUUCCACAUGGAGCAGCUGAAAUACGCCGAGCUCAGGGCUCGCCAGCAAAUGGAGCAGCAGCACAGCCAGACCCCCCAGCAGCCCCAGCAGCACCCCAGCGGGCCUGGCAUCACCCCCCUGGGGGCUCCAGCUCACCCGGGGCUGCUGCCCCACCAGCAGCCCCCUCCCUACCCCAUGAUGCACCACCAGAUGCCACCUCCUCACCCACCUCAGCCAGGUCAGAUGCCAGGGCCUGGCUCCAUAAUGCCAGGACAGCCCAUGCCAGGCAGGAUGAUGUCUGUUCCCAUGGCCGGGAACCUGCUGGGGCCACGUGUGCCACUGGCAGCGCCCAACGGGAUGUACCCCGGCCCGGCGCCGGCGCCGCCCGCAGAAGGAGUGACCCCCCCCCCGGCGGGGGCCCCGCCCGCCUCCGCCGCUCCCUGAGCCCGGCCGCAGGAAGGAGCUCCCGCAGCAAAGAGAAUUCCUCAGUUCCCUGCUGUCCCCGGGGAGGCGUCCCGGCUGCGCGGGGGUGCCAGCACCGCCUCCCCUUGCAGGGCUCCAGCCCCUUCCCUCCUCCUGCUGCUCUCAGCUCGGCCCUCUCCAGGCUGGGCUGCUGCAGG